AUGAACACGGAGGAGCUGGAGCUACUGACUGAUUCCAAGUACAGAAACUACGUAGCAGCUGUUGACAAAGCACUGAAGAACUUUGAAUAUUCCAGUGAAUGGGCGGAUUUAAUAUCAGCGCUUGGAAAGCUAAACAAGGUACUACAGAACAACGCGAAGUACCAGGUCGUACCGAAAAAGCUGACCAUAGGGAAGCGCCUAGCACAAUGUCUCCAUCCAGCUUUGCCGGGGGGCGUUCAUCGGAAGGCACUUGAAACGUACGAGAUAAUUUUCAAAAUCAUUGGGCCCAAGCGUUUGGCCAAAGAUCUUUUCCUCUACAG